UCCCUCUAGAUUUGGAAUGCAUGAAGCCAAAGGAGGCCCUGACUGCCCGGAUGUCUAUCAAAAUUAGUGUAAUCCAGUACUGAACUAGAGAGACUUCGCUCAGGAACCUGUGUCUUUGGGAGUAGGGAGUUCACUAACAUUUUGAAGUGGGUAAAUUUACAGAAACCAGGAAACGUAUCAGCAAAUGGCAAAUACAUUUUUGAUGGGGGGAUAGGGAGGGCAGUUGGGGGAAGGGGCUCAUGGACAGAAGACAUUUGCCAUUAUAAACUUCACUAUGGCUGCCCAAUCAAGCUUGUACAAUGAGGAUAGAAAUUUGCUCCGGAUCAGAGAGAGAGAGAGACGGAAUCAGGAAGCUCUUCAGGAGAGAGACACAUACCCGGAAAAUGCCCCCCUCUUUGCAGAACCUUACAAGACUAACAAAGAAGAUGAAUUGUCCAGUCGAAUUCAGAACAUGCUGGGUAAUUAUGAAGAGGUGAAGGAGCUAAUCAGUGCCAAGUCCCAUCAGAAUCUGAUAGGGAUACCUAAGAACAUUGUUCCUCUGAUCCACCAGGGAAAGCCUGAUCGCCCGUUCUUUCCUGAAAAGACCAGUAGUACAUUACCAACCUCAUUCCAGCACAGCACCCGCCAUCUGGCCAUGGGACCCCCCAGCUUGGCUCUCCCGUCUGCUAGUAACUCCAUUCGCUACCCAAAGACACAAGCAAGAAUGGAACCAGCUGCAAGUUUGCACACCAAAAGCCACAGCUUGUCCAGCGGUCAGAGCCAAGGUCCAGAACAGAGACGCAGUGGUCAGGAAAGCCAUCAUGGUGGUCGCCACAAGAAAAAUGAUAGAUGUGUUGGUGAAAAUGGUGCUGCUGAACUGCAAGCCACCCUCUCAGAGCUUUCUCCCUUACUGUCCUCUUUGUCUUCUCCAGUGGCGCCCUUGUCACCUCUACAUUCCAGUCAGCAUAUCCAUUCCAGGUCACAGAACAAUAACCAAAGUCACGGGCAGACUUACAAUCCAAUGAAAUCGCCUCAGGACUUUGUGGCAGGAUUGCAUGAUAACGAAACCCGGGACAGUUCAGCCAUUAAUCUGGCCCAACCAUCUUCUCAGACAUUUCCUCCAGCCUUGCCGCCAAAAAACAGUGCAAUGCAGCAGAAACCUACUGCAUACGUUAGACCAAUGGAUGGCCAAGAUCAGGCGCCAAAUGAGUCACCGGAGCUCAAGCCACUUCCGGAGGAAUACCCUGGACAAACCUUUGGGAAAAUAGCAGAUCUAAAAGCAAAUGCCAAGGCCAAACUAUCCAAAUUGAAAAUACCUUCUGAGCCCACUGAGCAAACCUUCCCCAAUGAAGUCCAUUGCGUUGAAGAAAUUUUGAAGGAAAUGACCCACUCAUGGCCACCUCCCUUGACAGCUAUCCAUACGCCUAGCACAGCUGAGCCUUCAAAAUUUCCUUUUCCAAUAAAGGAAUCCCAGCUUGUUGGAUCUGUAAUACAGAAUCAGAAGCAGUAUGAUGCACCUUCAAAAACAUUGCCUAAUUCACAGCAAGGAACAUCAAUGCUACAAGAUGACCUCCAGCUCAGCGAUAGUGAAGACAGCGAUGAUGAUCGGGUCUCUGAAAAGCCACCUCCCUCAUCUGCUCCUCCAAGUGCCUCACAGUCACAGCCUGAGAGUGUGGCAUCAGCACAUUCCAGCAGUGCAGAGUCAGGGAGCACCAGUGACUCAGACAGCUCUUCAGAUUCGGAGAGUGAGAGCAGUUCAAGUGACAGCGAAGCAAAUGAGCCACCGAGAACUUCUGCGUCUGAGCCUGACCCACCAACAUCAAAUAAAUGGCAGCUGGACAACUGGCUAACCAAGGUGAACCAACCAGCAGCACCAAAUGAGAAUCUCAGUGAGGUUGUCCAUAGACAGGAUCAUCAGGAGAGCAAGGGGCAAGGGAAAAGCAGCAGCAGCAGCUCUCAUGAACGUUCUGAAUCAAAUGAGUUGCACUCCAAAAACUCAAGCAAAAUAGCCAGGCCUCCCCAGGCGGUACAUCUUCCCAGCAAACGGACCUGCCAGAAGUCUCCCACGCGCACUGAGGAGCCCUCUCAGAGGCCCACAGUUGGUACCAAGAAGCCCAGCAAGGUCCCACUACAAGAGGCUCACAGGGGAAGUCUGAAAGUGGAAAGUGAGCCUGGUCCAUAUGGGGUUAAGGACCAGUCUUCCAGAGACAAGCCAAAAGUAAAAACGAAAGGGAGGCCAAAAUCCAGAGAUAAAAAAGAAUUGAAACCGCCAGUGCAAGAGCCCUUGGAAAAGAAAAAGCACAAGAGCUCACACCAAGCCAUUGCUAAAGCAUUUUUGGACCCUAAGCCUGUGAAAGACAUUGUGGCUGGCAGUGCCCCAGAACAUUUCCCCCUCAGCCCAGUAGCUCAAAGCCAGAAGCCUGCCACCCCCACCAGGACUAGUGGCAAAAAGCCUGCCAUUGUGGUCAGAGAGGACUUCCAUAGAGACAAACUUCUCUUGCCUAUCAGGGAUAAGACAUUAUUAUCGCCCCUGAGGGAUUUCCCAGUCCCUCAUGCUCUUGUGGUUAAAAUUGAGCUGUGUCUCCUUUCAAGAAUUCCACAGCCAUCUGGGAAAGGGAGUCGCCAGAAGAAACUUGAGGGUAAAGAGCUCUUGAGUGCGAGGAAGCAGGAUUUGGAAAAGAAAAGCACAGAAACUCCUAACAAGUCUCUCAAAAAGAGAAAGGGAGAAGUGGAGAAAGAGCCUGAUAAGAAGAAAAUCAAGUUGGAGAAAGAAACCAAAUCAUUGUUGUCUUCAAGUCACAAAGACUCCAGUAAAAUGAAAGUAUCCAGAUUUCCAUCCGAGACACUGAAGAAAGAGCUCCUGCAACCACCACCGUUGCCACCAAUGUCUGCUGCGCAAUCUGCCCAGAAGCCAGCCAAGAUGGCACAAAAGAGACACAAGGGCGAGAGCAGCACCUGCAGCCAGCUGCCUGACACCAAUAACCGAACUGCCAAGAGCAAGAGCAACCACAAGGAUUCUUCAUCCUCCAAGCACAGGAAAGUGGAGGGGAAGCAUUCUGAACAUUCUAAAAGCAGCAAAGUAGGUGGACCUUCAGGAGAUGUCAAAAACCCGUUCCCGGUGCCGCCUUUGCCAAAUGGUACCUCCAAGCCAAGGAGACCUCAAAUCAAGUUUGAAAAACAACAUCCGAUGGAGUAUCACAUAGAGGAGGCCAAAAGACUGAAGCACAAAGCUGACACAAUGACAGACAAGGUUGCAAAGGCAUUUCAGUACUUGGAGGCUGCCCUUUCCUUCAUCGAGUAUGGAAUUGCUGUGGAAUCUGAUGCACUGACACCAAAAUCAGCAUACACCAUAUUCACAGACACCAUAGAUCUCCUUAAAUUUAUAAUGACAUUAAAAUCCUUUUCAGAUACCUCGGCAUCUGCACAUGAAAAAAUCUUUGCUGUUUUGUGCAUGCGCUGCCAAUCCAUUCUGCACAUGGCAAUGUUUCGUUACAAAAAAGACACUGCAGUAAAGUAUUCCCGAACUCUCAAUGAACACUUCAAGAAUUCUUCCAGAGUCACGCAAGCACCUUCUCCGUGUGUUGCAAGAAGCACAGGCACACCUUCUCCUCUUUCCCCGAUGCCCUCUCCUGCCAGCUCUGUGAGUUCCCAGCCAGGAUCAAACGCUAGCAACUGUGGCAGUGGAGGCAUUGGUUCUUCAAUCAACACCCUACAUAAUAUCCCAAGCAUAACCUUUUCCUAUGUCAACAUCACUUCCUAUAUCCUCUAUGCCUAUGAUAUUUGGGAGCAAGCUGAUGCAUUGGCCAGGAAGAAUAAGGAAUUCUUUGCCGAACUCAGCACAGCAGUGUGCCCUCUGGCACUGAACAGUCGUAUGACUGAACUGGUACACUACACUAGGCAAGGUUUACAGUGGCUGAGACUGGAAACAAAUACACCUUAACUGGUGCUCAGGGUGGUCAAUGCCUUGAACUUUUUUGCACUUUGGAAGCCUCAGAAACAGUCUGUCUGGCUGAAUUGUUGGAUAAAAGCGCCUGGAAGGGAAAACAAAGCAAGAUGGAAGGGAUCUAACUACACUGGAGAACUUUUGAACUGUGUUUCUAGGGUGGCACUUGGCCACCUUGAAGAGAUGAAGGGAGGCCUCAGAGUUGAUGAUGCCUGUCUUUAAAAGGACAAAGUGCAAUGUACUGUCUGAAAGGUUCAAUGUGUUGGUGGUCUGUAAACAUUUCUAUAAAUGAAUAACCAGCAAGACAAAAAUCACACGUGAAGAAGUGCCGACAAGAAGGAAGUCCACCUCCAAAAGUUAUUAUGCAACAUCUCAAAAGCCACAGCAGUCACAUGUCUAUCAGAAAGUUCAGAGAAGUGUUUUUGCAAACCACAGCUGCAAUCAAUGAUGUAUGUUGUUCUUCCUCGGAGUUGGGAGGUCAGGGGGAGGACAAGACCUGAACGGAACCAAACAGCAUUAUGUUAAACUAGAAGCAGAAAAGCAAUCUGCCUUGCCCACUUCCUAACCAUACCCUACUGCAUUUAUAAAUCAGCUGUUGUACUGAUACUCUUGAAACUGAUUGCAACCACUGCCUUCAGCACUGCAAGUUCACUUAGUAGAUCACCAUUGCUUUGAUUUUUUUCUCCUUCACACACACACACACACACACACACACACACACACACACACACACACACACACACACACACACACACACACACACACACAAAAUGCAAACCAUUAACUCUCAAACUGUUUCAGUUGUGGUACUUAGUUUGGGCCUCGUACGUCAAACACAGUUGGGGUUGGGAAGUUAAGGAGCACGUAAGGAUUGUGCUGUUUUCCUCUGAAAGGAAGGCAGGGAGUUGUCACUAUGCAUCCUCUCAGAUUGUUGCUGAUUAGGUAUGAAGGGGAGGGAAGGUAAGGGACAGUCAGAAUGGUUCAUUGUGGUUGUGCAAACAUUAUGCUGAGUUGCAGAUCUUUAAAUCAGGAGGAAUUGCUUCUGCAUAAGGUGGUACCUGCUUUCACUAUACCUGGAAAUAAAGGGUCAGUUUUUUGCCCUUGGAUAUUCACACAAUCACAUUGAUUUUUUCAGUGGAUAUCUGAGAGCAGGCUUGGCACUGAAAUCUUGUAACCCUCAUAUGGGAGAUACUCCCAUUUCAUAGCAAAGCUAUAAGUUUUGCCCAGAAACUCAAAAUCUAUCUUCAGAGGAACACAAAUGAGAAUAUUCAGCUAUUCUUGUUAGAUUUGCAAGCAGCUCUUCUUUACCAUAAGUUGUGUUUUUAAAGAUAUGAUUAUGCAGAUGACAGUAACACUGAAGAAUACAUUCACAAUAUUUUUAUAUCCAGUUAGAUGGCAAAGAAUUCCUAUUGUGUAAAGCUUUCUGCCAUCCUCAUAUCUAAUAGUGUGCCUUAGCUCUCCAGUCCUCUCAACCAGCACUCGACUUAUGCUAGAUUGCUGGGAAUGCUGAUGCCCAAAUGAAUUGUGCAUAUCAAUUUUACAGAAAGGAAAACCUUUGCAAUGAAUUGGCCCCUUUUCCCCAUUGUAAAAGGAAGCAUUUGCACAUACCGUGUAUCCAUAUAGAAACAGAUCUAUACAUGUGCUGUAAUGAAGCAAUACUCCUUCUCCGAGGUGCCUGCUGAGGGUUUUAGGUUUCAAUAAAAUAUAAGCAAGAGGUCUGAAUUUCCAAAAGCUGUUCCUUUUAAAGCCGUGUCCCUGACCCAUGUAAGACUGGGACAGUCCCUUGCAACAUGAGGCCCAAGAAAGCUCCCAUGUAGAUAGCGGAAGGGAAGCAUGCGUCUUUGGAGAGCCUUCUGAGAAAACGAGUCCCCACCUCUUGCAUUAACAGAGAAAUAAGCACAAGAACAUUCCAUUCUCUCUUUUCCUCUGGCUGCACGGAACCUUCAGAACCCUCCUCAUGUCUUACCACUUUGUUAAAGCCGUAGUUCAUUUCAGGGAUAAGCCAUCGUAACCAUUGGAAGCAAGUUCCAUGUUUCUCUCCCAGUUUAUAUAUAAUAAUAUAUAUACACAUGCAUAUUCCUUUUGGAAGGAACAACUGAUUCAAAUAAACACACGCAGUCCAGAGGUUUAUUAAUGUUAAUUUUGUUCUCAGGAAGCAUGGGAAGGGCAUAGAAAAGUAAGGCCCUUCUGCACACUUCGGAGCCUGCGAUCUGAUACAAGUAUAACUAACAAGCUGGAGUUCCAGACUGAUUGAUUGAAAUCCUCUUCUUAUUUUUGUCUUGCAGUGCAGCUUGCCUUAAUGUCACAUGUGAGGAGGAGGGGAAAGAAAGGGUUAUUACCACCACCUGACUUAGGAAUCAGUAUGGGACUCUGCAGGAGCCAGAGGAGACUCUUAGGGAUAGAUUUAAGGAUAAAUGAAGACCCAGAUUCAGUGCGACUCCCAUACAUACAUCUCUCCUGCAGCCCCCUCUCCACCCUUCAGAUAGCCACUUCCAUCCCAACACAGACAGACUCUCCCUCCUGAACAAGAUGGCCUAGCCCAACUGGAAGCAGGACUUCGGUUGUGAAUUGUGCUGAGGCCUGCUAUUUUGCUUCUGACUUACUGCUCCACCUGAAUGCCCUCUGAUCAUCGACCCCAGAUUCCAAGGGACCUGCCUAAGCCCACCUGUGAACACUUUAUUAAUUGGAUAGUGCUAUUCCUACAAGAAAGCUAGCUAAAGGGGUGGAAGGGCAAAGGCCUUGUCAAGAGGAGAUCCACUUAAUGCAGAGGUGCUGCUGCCUUACAGGAUUAUUUACGAACUAUUUAAAACGAAUGUCGAACCAAGCCCUCUUGUGAUAUAUGGGGCCCAACCCUGCUCCCAAUGAAUCUGGCAGCAAACCUCCCAUUUACUUCAGUGGGAGCAAGAUUAUGCCCAUAGUCAGUACAGGCCCCAUAAGUGGAGAGUAAUCAGUAGGAGCAAACUACAAAUCAGAAAGCUAUAUUCUAUUAUUUCCCUUUGUAGGGACUCCAUAAUAUUAGUAAUUGGGAAGAAAUGCUACCCAUCUUCAGCCUAGAGCCAGGUUCGAGGCCCAUUUAAGUAAAGGGAAAGAUAGACAUUGACUUCAGUGGGCCCUGGGCCAGGCCCUUAGGGAGGAGCAAGAAAAAAAUGAAAUAGUAUUUGCCAUUGCAAAAAAAGAAAAGGUGGAGAUAAGAGCGAGUCCUGUGAGGCGUGAAGGGGGCAGCAGUCGCAAGGCAGCAGCCUUCCCAUGCAAUAUUUAUUUAGAAGUAAUUAAUGUAUUUAAAUUGUCAAAUAUUCUAUAUCUAAGCUGCCAUUAUUUAAUAGUUCAAAAGCCCCAUUCACACUGGAGACAUGGAGCUCUUCUGUAACGGAGUCAGAGUUUGACUGCAAUAUUGUUUAAAAAGGCAAAGUCCUUUUUUGCUUUUGUUUGUUCUUGUCCCCAUCCCUCCCCCAGCCCCUCCUUUGUUCCAGGUAUAAAUCUGUACAUAAAAAUUUAUUUUGGGGUGUGUCUCCAUCAUGUAAAUAACCUUUUCUGCCCUGUGUGUGAUGGAAUUUCCAAACUGACUGAUUGAUUCAUGUGGGGAAAUAAAAUAAAUAUUAAAUGAAGUAA